AUGGGGCGGCGCAAACGGGUGCUAGAUGCGGCGAUCGAUUCGACUGGGCUUGAAGCAACAUGUGCCAGCGUCUACUUCGUGCGACGACGGACAACGAAGGAUAGCUCCUGGAAAACGAUCGUCUAUCAGCGAUACCCCAAGCUUAGUCUGGUGAGCGAUGUCCGCACGAACUUCAUUCUCGCGUAUCGCGUUUUCGUUCGUGGCAAGACCGUCGAUCGCGGUAAAGCUCGUAAAGCAGACUAUCUGCUCUUCUAUCAGCCAAAUCUUCCCAUCGCCGUGGUCGAGUCCAAGGACAACAACCACUCGGUCGGGGACCGAUUGCCGAGGACUCGUCUCAUGCUGUUCCGUAUUGGAUUGCUGGUUAGCUUUAUUUUCGCAUUGGGUUGCACCGAUCGGUCCGAGCCGGAUCCUGGUCCGGAACCUGUGGUGACCUCGCAAGAGGUUCUGGACGAGGUUGUCGUCGUUGAAGGCAAGCCGAAGAUCACGGACGAUCAACCGGCCAUGGCAUGGGUUCGCAUGGAAUUCGAGGAUUUGCCGAAGGUGGAAGUGCCGGAAGCACCGCAGCCGCUGCCGUACUUCUCCGGCGAAGAGCAGCCCGCAGGAACCCAAGUACCGGAGGACGUGCAACUGCUGUUGGAAUCGUACGACAAAAAGGAUUUCGGCCAAGUCGCCGAACUGGCCCGGACCUAUCCGCAGAGAGAAGUUCGCCUGGCCGCGAUGAAGCGUUUGGAAUUGCUGGUCGAGGAUGACAAUCACAUGAUGAUUCAGACGCUCCGUGCCGGGCUGCAGGACGACGAUUCAGAUUUUCGGGCAAAGGUGCUGCUAAUCUUUCGCGGAGGUGUUCCUUACUGGGACAAACAAGUGGUCGUGAAAGCCCUGCCGGAACUCGCCGGGCAACUCCGCGAUACGAGCCCGCUCCAUUCGGAUGUGGUCGGAAUCAUCUUUAAAGAGCUCGGGCCUGUUGCCUUGCCUGCACUGCCACAAUUGUGCUGGGCGGCAGGGCAUGGCAAUUCGUACGCACUGGAAGCGAUAGGCGAGAUCGGCUCGAAAGCCAGCGUGGCGAUCCCCCUGGUGACCGAGCUGACAUGGGACGAGAGGAGUUCCCAAGGUGCGGUCGCCCUAGGGAAGCUGCAAGUCGAAGCGGAAGUGCUGAAACUGCUGAAGGACAGCGACGUGCGGACUAAGGGCUUAGGGGCGUCGGCGGCACGCUACAUCAAAGCGCCGUCGCGGGAGUUGGUCGUGGAGUUACUUUCGGCAGCGAACGACCCUGCCGCUCCAGUUUGUGCUUAUUCGGCCGAGGCACUGGGCAACAUUCGUCCGACGACUCCGGAGAUCGCUGGGGCACUGUUUGAAGUUCCCAAGCACGAAAUUCCCUGGGUCAACCAUGCCGUUUACGAUGCCAUCGCAAAGCUCGAUCCGCCAGCGCCGGAAGGCUUGGAUUUUCUCAACCGUCGUCUUGCCGAGACGAAUGAAGAGGAGAAUCGCGAGGCGAUUCAAGAGGCGAUUACCACGUGGAAAGCCAACAACAAGUCGCCGGUGACGUCGCUGCUGGAAGACGUGGUCGCGGAAGAAGGGGAGGUGAGCGAUCCGAUCAACGAUCAAGCCCAGGAAAUCUAUGAACCGCUCAAGAAUGUUCUUGCCGACAAGUCGCAGCCCAAUGCGAUUCGUGGUGCGGCCCUCCUGGCAUUGGACUCGGUGCAUAAGUAUCUGGAGGAAGGGCAAGCGGAAAGAAGCGAAGAGAUCACCGCGCUGGCUAGAGCGUGCCUGGCGGAGAAGCCGGAGCAGCCAUUGUUCGGAGCGAUCACCCACGUGCUGUAUGGUCAUAACAGCAGCGCGGAGGAUGCCGAUCGACUGCUGGCCGAGGGGGUGGUGACGAAAGGUUUUCUGAUUCCGCGGCUGGACGAUGUCGCCAAGAUCGGCUACCUGAAAAUUGAAGAGGGCUUGCCGGCGCUGAUUGACCUGAUCGAGCAAAAGGAAAUGUCGGUCAUGCUGGUACUGUUGAGCGAGAUCGGCAGUUUUGGCGACAAGGCGGCCGACGCAGUGCCUGGGAUCGUGAAGCUCGAUAUCGAUCCGAAUGAUAAGAAGAACGUUACGCUAUUCAAGAAUCAACUGAUCGCGUUGGGGGAAAUCGGGGCUCGGCCUGACUUGAGCAUUCCAUUUCUGAAGAACCUUCUGGAUACGACCGACCCAGCCAUGUGGGAACGUGGGGACAUCGUCCGAGCACUGGCCCUGGUGGUUGCCAAGAAUGACGAAGAUCCCAAGUUCGUGCUGGAGCAAGCGGGCUAUCUUCUGGACAACCAACUGACCAACCACAUGGCGGCUCUUGAUGCGCUGAAGACACUCGGUCCCAAGGCAGCGCCGAUGGUUUCCAAGAUCACGCCAUGCUUGGGACAAGUUUCCCUAUCGUGGUUUGCCUGCGAAGCGUUGGAAGCAAUUGGUCCAGACGCCCAAGAAGCGGAGCCGGCCCUGGUCGAGUUGGUGAGGACGGCCGACAACAAGCAUCGCGCGAUCCGCGCACUUGGCGCGAUUCGCGCUUCGAGUCCUGAGUUCAAGAAAUUAGCUACAGAAAUGCUGGAAAGUGACGUCGAACAUCGCGGGACGAUGACCGAGGUGUUGGGAGAACUGGGGACGAGUUCGGCGGAGUUCAUUCCUCAAAUUCAAAAGCUGCUGGAGAGCCCGAAGACGAUGGAACGUGUUUAUGCGGCUCGAGCUUUGGGGAACAUCGGCGAAGCCGCGAAACCGGACGUCGAUCAUCUCAAGAAACUAGCCGAAAAGGAUCCCGACUACAGCGUCAAGGAGGCGGCCAGGGAAGCGGUGAAGAAGCUUGAUCCGCAGCAAUCGGACGAAUCGUAA